AUGCUUUUACAUUUUUCACUUUUUAGCCGAAACAGUUUUCACAUUGAAGGACAAGCACUAAAAGCGGAAAACAGGAACAGGAUAAACUUGUAUCACUCUUCGAAAACCUCUCACAUAUGUUGCGCACGGUAUGUUUAAGAUACAAGGGGUUAAAUGAUACAAUAUACUUUACACGUUAAGUGACUUAGUUAAAAAAUAGGUUAGGAAACAUUUUAAUACGAGGUACUGCAUUAACUAGCUGAUUCUCGAUCGAAAACAUUUUCCAGUUUACUCUCGAAAAGCUCAAUAUCCUCGAAUACGCGCAGGUGCACUCUUCAUACAGCAAAAUUCGAAUUACAAUUUUUUUUUUCUUUUUUCGCGUAAGGGAAAUCAGUCGAAAUGGCAUACUGAGUGAUUUUUUAUUUUAUGUACAGUAAGGAAAAACUCCAUUUAAAACUGAUUAUAUAACGCCCCGAAAUUUAAAUUUUCAUUAAUGGAAGUUAAUGCAUUAUCAGAAUGAUUAAGGAAAAUAACGAUAAAUGUCUUUUUCCGGCUUUUGCGAUGAUUAUCUUCAUCGCUGCCCGCUGAAUUUAAUUUGUGGCAUUGCCUCCCAUAUUAUCUCCACAGUUUCGGCGACACUUUCGCUCCUGAGUAUUUGUUAAACUAACACUAAUUUUUUUUCAAUAAUCCUUUCUUUUACUUUGGGUAGUUAUGCCAGAGUCUCACAGAGUUAAUAGCAACGUUAGAAAUGUUAUUCCUAACUAAAGAUAAUAAUAACAUACUAUGCCUUAAAUUCAACUUUUAGGGAAGAAAAAGCUAAAAAAAACCAUCAUUGGAAGCCAAGGUGAUAUAAAAUGAGCGGUAAAAUCAAUUUAGGUCUUUGCCAAUAACGUGUUCAGUUUACACGAAAAAACAGUAUUUUAGGGCCCAGCAGGUUGUGUCUUAUGUGUGCUUUAAAAAUCCUGUAGCUAUUUAAAUAUUCCACACUGUUGAUGUUAUGGCCAUCAAAUGCCCAGUCGCCGGCGAACUUCAAUUAUCCGCUUUAAUGACAAAUAAAACUGUUUUUUUUUUAUAGUAGGGUGCCUCAAAGAACAGUUCUCGCUAGAUUGCACUUGCCGAACUCAAAUAAUUUAUUAAAACGAUAACCAGGACCAAGGACGUGGUCACUGAGUCGGAUCUACCGUGCUACAAUUAAGUUCACAUGGACGGUAGCUUCCUCAGUGCUUCUCCAUCACUUUAAUUAGUUACGUUCGCUGGUGCCUUGAGGCACACAGGCACAAAUGCAUAAAAACUAAGUAUAACCUGUUUCCCGUCAAACAGUUGGCGAAUUGAUGAAUAACUAUUUCUUUUCUCUAGUUAUUUUCGUGCUUAAAAUAACCCCACCGUUCAUUUGAGAUCGAGAAGUUUAUAGCGCUUUUUAAACAAGGACGAAGAUAAAGAAGAUAAAGUACGCACAGCGUUAUCAGCGUAUGAAUAGAUAAUCAUUUUUCUACAUAAUGGUCUUGAGACCGUGUUAUAUUGUUAUAUUUGUUGAGGCACCAGUUACGGCUUAAGUCGCGUGAGACAAAAUCGGGAAAGAUCCGCUGUAUCAGAUUGUUUGACAUUUAUUAUGAAAUUUCCCUUGUAUUCUCUAUCGCUACGCUCAGCCGAAUAGGAAAUAUUUCGGUUAUAAAAGUAUGUAAAAAACAAAAUAAAUAAAGAUACAGAACACUAAGAAGAGGUAGACUCAAGCUGCAUCAAAAGAGAUAACAAGAUAUGCUGAGCACAAAAUUAACAAAGUGAACGCAGUCAGAUUGCUAAAAGCGAUGCAAAAGUAAAAAUUAAACGUAGGUAUAAAAUAUUUAAACCUCAUACAUAAGAAAACGAAAAAGGAGCCGCGAGUACUUACGUAAACUGGUCGGCGUCAAGUGCGCAUGCUGUGAAAUUCACUAGGAGUAGCGUAUAAGGUGUCUAAUGAUCCCAAAGGAAACUAAACAAAGUAAUCAACAACUAAAAGAAAUAUAUUUGUGUUCCUUUUCCUGUUCUUUGGUUUUACUUUUAAUUUAUCUUCCAGAUUUUUCAGGUACACACCUGCGAACUGGCGUACUGCUAGUUACGCCCCGAUUGAAUCCUGAGCUCUUUAUGUAAUUUUGUAAAACGGCGUUCAUUUUUCAUUUGCCUAAAGCACUUCGAAUUCCAACAACGUUAGCAAGUCCAAACUGAAGUGUCAAUGAUUUGCUUAAAAACCAGCUUUAACUCUUAAUUACGGCGGAAAGGCGGAACAACUUGAAUUUACAACUUUUUUUCCAUUAUUUGAUAAUUACCGAGGUUUUGUAUGUGAAAUACUUGAAAGAGCGGUUAUGAAAACUUUGCUUCAAAAAGCAACCGUUAGAAAACGCCCAGCCGCUAAUACACAAAUUAGAUUUUAAGGAACAAAAAACUGUACUCAGGAUGAAUUUUGAUUUCCUUGGCAUCGGCUUAUUUAUGUUUAUAUCUUUUUUUUCCAAAGUAGCGUUAAUUAUUCGACGUUGUGCAUUUAAAAUAUUGCCAUCUGCGACGCGAAUAUCGAAAUAGACGUAACUACAAAUUGACAGAAGGAAGAAAUUUAAUUAAUGAUCUGACGCACUGAAUCUAUUAGCAGGCACUCCACUCUUGUUGAGAAAGAUCUGGAACUAAUUAAUAUUUAAUCUAUACUUUGUUUCAAAGAGAACGUUCACGGAAGGUCUCUUUUCUUUUUAGAGAAACUAAACUGACACUACGAAUUCUAAACAUGAACUCAACAGACCUGAAGGAGGAUUUGAUAGAGUAUGAAGAUGCUACGUGGAUCUUGACAAACUCGUUUAUCAUUUUUACAAUGCAGUCAGGAUUCGGUCUUCUAGAAUCCGGUAUGGUUUCCGUAAAAAAUGAAGCAAACAUCAUGGUAAAGAACGCUGUCGACGUCAUUUUUGGUGGAUUCUCAUACUGGGUGUUUGGAUUUGCGUUCAGUUUCGGCAUUCCAGAACGAGGGAAUCCUUUUUGUGGAUUGGGUUAUUUCUUAACAGACGCAGAGGAAAGCAAAAUAGGUCACGUAUAUUCCCAGUAUUUUUUCCAGCUUUCAUUCGCCACUACAGCGACCACCAUUGUUUCUGGUGCAAUGGCGGAAAGAAUUAAACUCAAAGCCUACAUCUUGUACUCAUUCCUGAACACUCUGACAUACAGCUUCCCGGCACAUUGGAUUUGGGAUGAAAACGGUUUUCUCUAUACAAUGGGCGCAGUGGACAUUGCUGGGUGCAGUGCAGUGCAUUUGGUUGGCGGAGUAAGCGGUUUAGUGGCGACGAUGAUGCUAAAGCCACGUAGCGGAAGAUUCGAUAAGAAUGCUCCUCCAACACAAAUGGCUUCCCCGACAAAUGUUCUCUUAGGGACUUUCAUGCUGUGGUGGGGAUGGUUGGGCUUCAACUGCGGAAGUACAUUCGGGAUAACUGGGAUGAAAUGGAAGCUAGCGUCCAGGUACGACUUAAGAAGUGACUUCUUAUGACUUUUCUUAAGUGAAGUGACUUUGGGGUCAUCAAUGUUAUUUCUUAAGAUUUCAGUAGUAUUUCGUGAGAAUCUCCUGAUUGACUUAUUUUAUUUAUUUAUUAUUAUUUUUUUGUUACAUAUGAUACUGUUGUGUUUAUGUUAAUAUCAGAGGUGGUGAUUUAGGGAACUACAGUGUUCUCUAUUACAUAUUUUUAUUCAUUCAAAAUAUUUCCCCGAUUUUGAUUGGCUAAAAGCACACGCAUAAUUCACCAUAACCAGUUACUGAUGACCAAAUUUGGAAGAAUUUUGUCUUUAACGAGGAAAUGACGUCAAAAAUGCAGCGUUCUUGCAGGUUAAUUUACCGUUAACCGAGAAGACCUGGGGACGAGGUUGAGUUGUUUUGGUUGUGAACACAAAAAUGGCGGACAUUUCACUCGUUUCAAGAGUAAGAACUAGGCGAAAUUAUAGCUAACAACAUGGCAAGAACAGUAAGAACACAACUCGAAGGGCGACAUCUGCUAUUUGGACAAUAUUUGCUGAGCUGAAUAACCCUUAACAUGCACUAUCGAAGGUGAACUUAACAUCGAUGGAGGUAAGUAUGUUUUUAAUUAGCUUUAUUUUUAAACUAGGAAUUAUUUUGAAUGAAUAAUACAACAAUUAUUGAAUUCGGCUUUCGCAUCAUAUGAAGAAUUAUGGAGAUCUAGGAGGUUGUUAUCCGCCUCAGCCUACGGCCUCGACGGAUAACACCCUCCUCCAUUUCGAUAAUUCUUCAUAAGAUACUUAGCCUCAUUCAUUAAUUGUUAAUUUAUUGCAUUAGGUCGGCGGUCGUGACGAUAAACGGAGCUAUUGGAGGAGGAGUUGUGGGAACAGCAUACAGGUAUGUGAGCUGUAACAGGCAGGUUAAAAGCUUAAGCUGUGAUACGAGUAAAACAUUAAUAACGAUAAUGACGAGUUUUUAAUUAUAACUACUUUUUCCAUGACGAUUCACGUACUGUAAUUAUCACGAUAAAAACUUUCAUCAGUGCCCAACUUUUGAGAUAAAAUGUUAGCGAAUAGAGCGUUUUCACUUGACGUCAUGGCGGCCAUAUUGGUGUUCCAAACCAGUCCUGUAGGAGUUUAACUCUUUUCUUAUGUAAACGCUUUCUUUUAUUCCAAUACACUUGCAUAGAUGCUGGCCAUGUGAGUGAAAACAUUCUGCAGAGUCAUUAAAGCUGAGAAUCCACGAGCGCUCCGACUAUAGGCGAAUCUUUGUUUACAUUUAUGCCAUCUUUUAUCAUUCUCUGAUCAAGCUAAUAAAAUACCAUCUGUGAGUAUUGAGAGUGCACGUUCAUAUCUGUACUCCCUAUUCUACCGAAUAGUUUCGGAGAAAUUCGCUGUUAAAAACUUCAUCCCUAUUUUUUUUACAAAGGUAUGGAUUACUCGUUUUUUUUAACCACCCAGCAAUUUAGAAGUUAUUUAUGGGUGUCAUUUUCUCUGAACAUCCUCUUUCCAACAUUUGAACUUCAUUUGUACUUAUUAUGCGGCAACAGCUUCUAUUCGCAAUUACCACCUCUCCCAUAAUACACCUUGUUUGCCCUCCUCUCCCGCACAAAAAAUACAAACCCUUUGUUUUUAGUUUCUCCUGAGUAUUACAAUGGUCCCACGAGGAAUUGAAGACAAUGCUAAUGCAAAGUUUUGGGGGGCAAACAAGGUGUAUUAUCAUUCGAAGCAAAUUUUCCUUUCUUUUCAUUGGCCGAGAGCCCACCACGUGACCUCCAACUGCCUACAAGUAAUGGUCUGCUCACGCGCAAUGCCGUCCAACUGUGUUUGGCUGCAAAUAAUAUUCUGCACAUGCGUAAAGGAAACCGUGCUUUUCUCCUUCUUGCGAUCGCUCUUGCGUGAAAAUAGCAGAUCGCUUCGCUGCCCGAAGAUAUUCAUUAAAAAAACAAACUCGGAGAUUGAAUGAUAAAACAAUUAUUGAACUCGGUUAUUAUUUGCCUCAGCCUUCGGCUUCGACAAAUAAUUGAUCUGCUUGCCACAGACAAAUCGCGAUAAUUUUGCUUAACUUCGUCCAAUAAUUGUUAAUUAUGGCAGAAGGGCAACUUGUAAAUGGGUAAAUUCGUACGCUGAUGAGCAAAAUUAAUGAUGAUGUCAGCAAAGAAUUUCACCCUCAUGUGAAGCGCAAUGAUGUGCGAAUUGACUGAUCACAAAAGAUGUUAUCACUACUAACUAAAAAUUUUGACUUUUCUGAUCAAAACGCAAGUCACAAAUUUGCCUUGAUAUGAAAUCAAAACUUUCUCUAACGUCAAAGAGCAACAUUUAGCUUUUUUCCUUUUAAUAAACACCCCGUCCUCAGAUUCACCAAAAGAAGGAUAAAAUUGCAAGUAAAGAUUGCAUUAAUUCAGGAAGCUGUGAGAAAGUUGUCAAAAUGCUUGGGUACUUCUCACCUUGAGGAGGACUCAAGGACUUCCGUUUUUAUGCAAGUUUUUUUGCUUUUGCAGUCAUUUUUGUUAGGUGUCAAAGAGGCCGCGUCACUGUUGUCUAGGACAUUAAUUUUUGUUACGUUUGGCACAAUUACGCUUCCUUAUACGCUACUGAACUUAACGUUAAAAAAGAAAGUACCUAAUAUAAACGACAAAUUCACAGCUUCUUGUCGAACAAAUAAUUUGUACUUCCCAAGCAUGUUUCAAACACCGAAAAUGAACUUCAAGAAUCUAUUGGGCCAACAAGUUUUCAAAACCCCGCAAUUUCGAUCCAUUUCAAUGUUCUUCAAGUUUGUUCAUUUGCUGAGUUAUUAAUACCUUCUGUAAUGUUUUGAGCGAUUAUUUUCAUGUUUCUCUCAAUUUAGUGGGAGUUUCUACUCCUUAAAAGCUAAUACAAACAAGACUGAAUGGAGAAAAUUUCUCUGACAGCGAUGUUUUGCAAACACCUCUAUCGUUUAACCCCUCGACCUGCGAGUGUUUGGCUACACCUGUACAGUAUAAUGGAUUUUUGGUUUGUUGUUAGCUGUUUUUCCACUUUCAUUCUCUUUUCAGUUACAUUGUCUAUAAUAAGAAGAUAGAUAUUCCAAUCUUUGUCACCGGGAUUCUGUCAGGUCUCGUGGGUAUCACUGGUAAGUCCCGCGUUGUUACUCCCUCGUGACUAAAGCCAGAGUAAAAUUUAGCUUGGGUGGCAUGCAUCGAAAGGUGAGGAAAUGGAAAGAAAAAUGGAGAGGAAAAGGCGAGAGAAGGAAAGGGACGCCGCUCAGUCUCUCUUUUCCCAUUCACGCUUUCCUCCCUCUUCCCCUUCAAUUCAGUUUUGAGGCUGCACGCAAGCUAAGUAAAAUUAGAUUAAGGUGGCUGAACACAGUUUUGGCAGUUUGUGAGUAUAUGUCAUUUGCCAUAUCAUGACAAGAGCAAGUUAAGGUUGCAGCUCACAAGCUGAAACUUGGCAAGUGAAAAAUAUACUGAUGAAAGAUUUUGACAGGUAAAAUGUGACGUUAAAAUUUCACUUUAGCUCAGUUUACAUAAAAUUACUCAUUAGCUUUUGCUACAAACUUGCGCACAGCUUACUAUAAUUGAUCAUUACCAUUUGAAACUUAUUUGACCAAAUUUUAACAGACGGGUUUUAGAUAAUCAAUAAUAUGAUUUCAAAAGUAGAUUGAGUUUGAUCGUCCGGGUGAACAUAGUCCUGAAUAGGACUGUUGUUGUUGACAGUGACCGACGUUUCGACAACCCGUGCGGUACUCAUCUUCAGAGUCAAAGUGAGUUGUAUCACGUCAGUUGAUGGUAUUAUACUCUGGUCAUUGAUCUGAUUGUUCAAUUACGUCGCGAUGUUAUUGGUCGUCUGUCAGUUAAGCCGUGAUGUUAUUGGCUAUGAAGACUCAUAAUCAGUAAUUGGUGCGUUUCGAUCCGUCUAUUGUCACAGUUAAACAGUUGUCUAUUGUUAGUCAAAUUGUCAGUUCUCCAGUCGUUCUCUCGUAGUUAGUUUUGCUUGAUCUCGUCAAUAAAUCGUUUGUACGGCGCUGGUAGCUGUUGGCUACGAUUCAACACAGGUUGUCGAAACGUCAGUCACUGUCAACAACAACAGUCCUAUUCGGGACUACGUUCACCCGGACGAUCAAACUCAGUCUACUUUUCAAAUGACUCCUGGGUUCAAACCUUUCACAAUAUGAUAGUACUGUAAUUAUUAAAUGUAUCUCAAAAUUCGUCCGUUCAACUUCCAUUUUAAAGUUCUUGUUAUUGAAAGUACGAUAACAGAAAAAAUUCUGCCAAAUAUCACAAAAUUUAAGAGUAGAUUUUGAGAAAUUGUCUUCUGUGUACCAUUGCUUUUUUCGCCGCCAUGUUUGUUUGUCGAGUUACCGCUGACCGCCCGCAAAAUUGAGUUCAGUCACCUUAAAGAGAUCACAAUUAAACAAUUAAGUGCCAGUGGACUAUAAAGGUUGAUACGAACUUAAUGGACAAUAAUACAUUUUUAGGUCGCCUACAUCUCAUGUUUGAUUUCUUCUUCUGAUUAAAACCACAGGGGAAAUAAACAGACCAUCACCCAACCCCUAAAUCACAGUGGUUAAAGAUGGUCUUACUAGCUCCUUUUUCUCAACUGUACCACCAAGAACUAUACACCAUUGAAGCUUUUUUAGACAGUUCCUAAAGGUAGAUCUGUCAUCGACAGUGGCUAGUGUCAUUUUCAAAAGUAUAACUAAUGCAAAUGUACUGUAUAAAAUGCCAUUCACAAAAAAGUCUGUAUGCCGCAAAUAACUCUAACGACCAGUCUUUUACUUAAACCUGUCUCCUUUUGGCAGCAAUCUGCACAGUCGCACGUCCAUGGGAAGGACUCCUUAUUGGUGCUGUUGGCGCUAUUGUCGCAUGUCCUGGGUGUGCUCUUCUUGAACGACUCAAAAUCGAUGACCCAGUUGGUUGCGUCCCCACCCACUUUUUAGCGGGGAUUUGGGGGCUCCUGGCUGUUGCCCUCUUUGCUGAGAAAGACACUGUCGAAUACACAUUUUCUGACGAGUUUGGAAUUUUAAAAGGCGGUCCUUGGAAGUUUUUAGGAGUACAGGCAUUAACUGUUGUAACAGUUUCGGCUUGGGCAGCGAUUACUACUUUUCUCCAGCUACUUUUGAUCGAUAAGCUAGUUGGAAUCCGCAUGAAACCACAGGAUGAACUGAUCGGCGCGGACAAAGUUGAGCACGGAAUUGAACAAACCAGCAAUCAAGUCCACCACGCCUGGGAGAAAACCAAUGGUCACGCUAACAGCAGGGAAAAUACUGCAUAUAUAGCAGAGGAUGAUAAAGAGAGGCCUCGAACUUCUCCAAGACCUUCAAGUUCUCCUUCAUUUCAAGUGCUCCGCGUAGUUCCGGUUACGACUGAAAUGGCUUUUGAUGAACAAGGGGGAAAUUUUAACACACCGCAUUGAGUCAAGCAAUUUCAUGUACAUCGGCAUCAUCUUGUUUUGUUAUACGUGCGUUAGGAUUAAAUAGCUUUUCUGAUGAAUACAAAGACAACAGCAAAAAAAAAAAAUGAUUAACUGACUCCUUGGUGAUGUCACCACGGAUCUGCCACGUCAUGUCACCACACAAGACCACCUACGUUAUCCUUUCGUAGUGCCUGCUGUUACACUCCAGUGACCUUAGAAUUUUCCAAAUAGUAAAAUAGUAUUCGCUUUAUCAGUUUUUCCGAGAAUCGAUGGCACAAAUUGAAAUAUUUAGCCUAGAUAUUUUAAGUUGGAAUCCCUUGCUUGCCGUUGUUAGAGCAAAUGACAACCAUGAAUAGUUUUAUUGGACUUUUAUUGAGUACUUUUUACAGUCACGGCAGGACAAGCGUACCCCCCCAAGAUUCUAUUAAUGAAUUGAUUAUUGAAAAAUGAAUCCGUUAGUCGUUCCCGUAACUGGUGUCUGCAUGCGUAAUGAGCCGCUAUCGUACGAGAACUUCUCUGUAUUUGGUCAGAUUGAAAAUCUUUGAAUGGAUUAAGUUUCUCAGAAGACAUUUACAUCAAAUU